AUGCUUGACCCUAACCUCAUAUCAUCCCUUUGCGCUGCAGCAGCAUCAGUGUUUGCCAAAGUUGGCUUCGACACAACCAACGGGUCGUUAGCGUAUAAAGCUGCGAUAAAGGUCCAUCCUGUGGCAGGGUAUUUGCUGAGGGCUAUUUUUAUAGUACUCUCUCUAGCGUCUAACGCGUCCAUGAUGUCCUAUUACAUUGAAGCUCUGCAAAAACGAACAGCCUUGCAAGCUACUGUGAUGAACUUUGGUGGCAACUUUCUAUUCUCUUCCAUUUUCGGUGCGGUCUUCUUCGGAGAGAGGAUGUCUCUGGCUUGGCUCAUGGGGGCUACUUUUAUCAUCACCGGAGUCGCGUUGGUUGCAGCGGGAAGCCACAAGAAGGCUGAGGUGGCGGAGGAGGAAAAGAAACAACGAGACAACAAGCCGGUGACAGGGGGUCUACGUGUACGAGGAGGUUUUGCUGCCCUCCUCCGCUCCUUGUUCGAGCAGGAGUCCUUACCACACCCCUCAGCCGGGCUGGUGGCCUGGAUUGCUAAUGAUAUCUUUGGAAGUGUCAACGAUGAAGUUGAUCAUGGCAGCUUUCUAGGGCGAUUUAACGUAUUCUGGAGAGCUCGAAAGGAUAUCCCGUCGCGUUAUGCUGAGCAUCGCAGCUCUUGGUCCUCGGGAGUAUCCGGUAAUGCUCAAGGCCAUCACUCUCUGGGUGAUGAUGAUGAAGACCUUGUUAUCGCACUGGAGGCUGGGCCGGUGGAUAAGGAACCAGCAGUGCGGAUGCUGAUGGCCUCAGAGCUCAUAGACUCUGGGAAUGCGCGCUAUGAGAGGUCCGCGGAGAUAAUGGGUGAAGGUAUCCUCGAGAAGGAUGAGAUACUGCCAGAGGAGGAGGAGAACACUAUAGGGGAGAAUUAUGAUGCUUGUGAUGAUAAGAAAUGUGUUGAAGACAAUCUCAAGACACUAGACUCGUCCAUAAGGAAAGGUGCGGAGGAGAGUCCUGGGGAGCAGGAGUCUAUCAGGGGUCAAUCGCAGACGAAGUGGAAGGACCUAGAGAUGGAGAGGCUGUUGAAGAAGGCGGAAUUGGCUGAGGAGCGGCGAGCGGCCGCUGAGGAGUUGGCGUUGUCUCGGGAGGUGGAAUUGGAAAAAGUGUCGAAAAAUGUCCAGCGCCUGGAGGAAGUCUUGAAUGCUGAAAGGAGCAGGAGAAGUGACGAUGCGGAAACGCAGAGGAAAAAUGUUAGUGAUAGUCAUCUGAACGAAGCAGCUCUCAUUGUGGCUUGUAACUCCUUUCAAGAGCAGCUUCAAGACGAACGCCGCCGGUCUCGCGAGCUCGAGGAGCAAAAUCAUCAGUUGAAGCGGCUCCUCACUGAGUACCAACUCGUUCGACCCGAGGACUACGAUUCUCGUACUCCUGACCGAAACGACAGUGCGUUGUUACUUACUCCAGCGGCAAUGUUCGACGGCACUCCUGUGGUCGGCGGCGGCUACUGCCUGCCUGAGCUUUUGAAGCAGCUAGAUCAAGAACAAGAAGCCUGUAUAUUCAUCGUUAGGAAGAUUCACAAACUACGUUUCCAAUCAGCGAGUAUUCUAGAGCAGUACUUCUCUGGGUUCGGUGAAGUCAAGAAGGUCCUCUUAUUACCGUGGAGGCGCCAGAAGUCCGUCGGCCCCCACCCGGGCAAGGCUCGUCCCGCCUCUAUGGGCUUCGUCGUAAUGAAGUCCCCCAUGGCGGUUUCCAAUAUACUCGCGUUAUCGCAGCACACUGUAGCUGGCUGGCCCAUCAGCGUCCAAGUUUUCGAGCGCCAGGCAGACAAGUGUGGAGGAGAUUCGAGACGGUCUAGUAUCACUUCGGACUUCUUCACCUACGAAUGGUCAUCCCCAGCGAGCACUGCUGCCACUCCUGCGGUCGAGCCUGGGCCUUUCACGGUUGAUAGUGGCAAUCCUGUCGAUAACGACGACUACUCGCCGGCACUCUUUGCUGCGGAGUCCGUCCUUAGAGGGCUCACUGAUGACUUCGCUAACCCAACAGGCUAUUGCCACGAAUGUGCCCCCUCAGUUGAGGACCUCGCAGUAUCCCCUUUCUCCUUUAUAUCACAACCGGUGAAUCCGGACCGUACGCCGCAGUAG